CAGUGGGGAACUUUGCAACUUACGAUUGUGUGAUGUGUGCACCUGUAACAGCGAUGUCUGUAUGGCAGCAGACUUGUGGGUGUUGAGUUUCAACCGUCUGAGUCGAUACGCCGGAAUUCCCUUCCUGUUACACGGAUGAAUCCACGGUGGAUCAAGAUUAAAUGCCGCGAGUUUCGUGAGUCUUAAGAGACUGACUUGAUGUUUCCUAGAGCUAUAAGAUCCUGGAUGCCGAGCAAGAGUUUCAAAGCACUCUCACUGCUUGAUCUCACAUUCGAUUUUGACACCGUGUCAGUGCUUCUCCAAGAGUAAAGGACUUCAAAAGACUUAGUUCACUGCACGCAGAGCUGACCGGGGACCCUAACUACUUCCUCGCAAAACGUAAAGGAAUCUGAUACUCUCUGCCUUCGUUUCAGCGCCUAGUUGGAAACGUGGACGUCGGCGUUCGGGCGAGGUUUUCUGCUAGCCUUCAGGGUUUUAAGGAGUGGGUCGUUUCGGUACUCCGCUCGCAAGUAGCGAUGGAGUACGACCAACAGUACGCGAUUUUUGCCAAGGAGGCCAAGGAUGUGCCCGAGUGGAUGAAGGCUCACCACGAUUGGCAAAGCGCGGUCAACAUCAACAACCUCGAGAAAUUGCAGCUGAAGGUGAAAAUGUGCUGCUCCAAGUGCGUGGAGAAGGUGGUGGAAGAAAUUCUCGAGGUGCGCGGCGUGUUCGACGUAAGGGCAGAGAGACCCUCUAAGGUGGUGGUGGUGAAAAUGCCGAAGCCGAUCGAGGUGGACUGUCACGAGGUUCUGAGGAAGGCGAGGCAGAUCCACAGGAAAGCCAAGUUCGUGGAGUUGGACGCCAAGGAGAAGCCCAAGAAGGAGGACGACAAGAAGAAGGAGGAGGAGAAGAAGAAGGAGGAGGAGAAGAAGAAGGAGGAGGAGAAGAAGAAGGAGCAGACAUUGGCGCAAUCAGUGAGCGGAAUUUGGAGGGGGAUGGCACCUGUGUCAUGGGGAGGACCGGUGUUUUUCCAACCCGCCUGGGGACCCAAUGACUACACCCCAAGUCAAUCGUACGCGCCACGCGAGCACUACCAGUAUCCCCCGCUGCCGAACGCGCCAGAGGACGGAUACUACAGGCGCUAUGUGUAUUACAACUAGAUGCAGGACAGGGGCAGUACAAAGUGUGGGAGUGGGAGUGAUGUGUGUAUAUAUUGAUUUAUAUAUAUAUAUAUACACACUGUACAGAGGUAAAUUCAAAGUAGCAGAAGGGAAGCACCUCAUUUCAGAUUGAGAUUAGAAGGUGGCUUGGCUUGUAGCAUAAGAAGUAGCGGAACGAUUGAGGCACUCAUUGUGUACUCAGUGUUUUACAAUAUUUUACGAGUUACGAGUACAGUGUGCGGAGAGCCAAGGGUUGAGUGACGCGUGAGGCCGGAAAGGGCGAGCACAAGGGAUAGUAAGUAGGGGUAGUUGAUUAAGGACCAUGCGAGGAGGAGUUACAGAUGUUUGCGGAGGUGGUUGCGACGCUGGAGGUUCUAGCUCCUACUGCGCAAGAUGCAGGAUGUUGGGCGGUUAAAACACAAAAUUCAAAGAAAGCUCCCACUGAGAGAGUUGUAGUGUUCAUGUCUCUCUGUGGGAGCGUGUGAAGUUGAUGGAUGGUAUGGUCGAUUGCCGAGGUAGCCAAUCUGCUGGAGUUUUUUCAGUGCUGUGAGUCAAUUGCUGCAUGAGUUUUUUUAGUUUCGAAGACCGUGUGGGGGUGAUGCAAACCUUGACCAGAAGAACAGCCCCUGCGUGUCAUUCUUAAUGGAAUGGAAUAUUUUAUACAUCGGUUGUUUUUCA